GCAUGCUGCCAGCUGGACACACAUUUAAAAGUGGUAGCUAGCUAGCUAUACAAUAGAAUGGCACUAAUCACAAUUUCUUUAGUACUGAUAGUGACUAUUAGUCACAUUACAGCUCAAGAAUGUGUCCGUACUAACUCUGAUGGAGCGGACAGUCUGCCUAGCUUUAUGGACCCAGGAAAUAUUGUCUCUGAAAUUGGUGUGAAUCCAAUCCAAGUCAUCAUCAAAAGCUACGAGUUCCACUGCUGUGGGAAAGUUGGAGCGUGGGCUGCGUAUGUGGAGCCUGGUGACAAUGGUCAUACUAAUGCAUACUCAAUAAAGUUCCAGAUAUGGAGACCAACGAGUGAGAAUAGUGCAAGUUACAUAAAAAUUGGAGAGAAUGCCUUUUCCCCUGCUAAUCUAACUGACAGCUACAUUGCUGCAACACCAAGCUUCUAUGAUCAACUUGAUUUUCUACAAGGAGAUGUGGUCGGCUACUAUCUCGAGCAGGAUGGUGGCACUAAUGGAGGUUUGCAGUAUAAUAGUAGCUUCAAUGUUGAAGAGCUAUGGUAUGCGACUGCAUGGUAACUCUGACCUACAAAAUGAGUGCUUACUGGAAGUGGGCAAUGGAAGGGACCUCAGCAUAUCUGCAAGCCUUGGACCAAUUAUCUCGAUAUCACUUAGUGAGCAAUGUGCAGUAUUUAAUGUAUUUGUACAUGUAUACCCAUUGCUUAGAUGUGGGAUCAAACUUACUGCAUGCUUUUACCCAUCUAUAUACGAUGCAUGUCUUUUUUAUACUUCCCUCACUAUAGCAACCAUGUGCACUAAUAUUGAGAACUGCCUCAUCUCUUUCACCCGAACUAUGUUCUGUCCCAUCCCCACUCCCAUUGGACCUGGUGCUCCGUUGCAGGUCUCCUCUACUCUGUCAAAUAAUGUGAAUGCUCAGACAAGUUCAUUUGCAUUUCUCUCGUCAAGUAUGCCCCCCAUCUCCACACCCCCUGCUGCCAACCCCCUCAUCUCCACGUCCCUUGUUGCCAUGCCAGUUGCCACUCUCCUUGUCCUUACUGAAACAAUACUACCCUCUAUAGCUAGUAGCGAGUUUGGGCGUCAAGCUGAGUCUAGCUCUGUGUCAGCACCUAUAAUUCUAACCACCAAUGCUCCUCAAGAAGUGAACAUGGGACUGUUUGCUGGAAUCGCAGUGGCUGUUGCAGUACUCGUGCUGUUGGUGAUACUAACUGCAGUGGUGCUUUUGGUUUGUGUGGUGAAAAAGAAGAGAGAAAAUAGAAGACAGAGAGAUUUGAGUUUGACUGACUACAGUACCGUUAAUGAACACAGUGCUAGUCUUCAAACCAACAGGAUAGAUAAUAACAUUGAUCGUGAACCAUCCAUUAAAGAGAACGAGGCAUACGGAAAGUUUACAGAAGAAACGAUUGACGAGUGCGAUUACGUCUUCAAUUCUUUGGCUGAAACGUACGAUCCCUCCAUAACUCAGAACCUGGCCUAUGGUGACGUUGCCACCACAGAAUAUAGUGUCAUAGCAACUGAUGAUAACAUUGUCAAUGGGUUCAGUGGGACAGCAGAAGUGGCAAUGAUAAGAAAUGAAGCCUACGUUGAAAUAAGACAGUCGAGUUCUGACAAUGACCCCUCAAUACCCACCACAGAGAAUGAGGUAUACACUAGUGUGACUGCUGACACUGAGGUUGAAGAAAUUUAUGACUAUGUAUGUUAGACCUAAAUUGUUAGGGAAAUUUAUGACUGCGCAUGUUAGAUCUAUAUAUAUAUUCACUAUGUGUGCAUGUUGUAAGAAUUGCCAAUACAACGGCUAAAUAUUGUGCACAUAAUUACUAUUCAAUUACUAAUCAAUGUUGCUAUAUUAAUGUUGUG